AUGAGGACUUCACAGGGGCGGACGAGUCCAACUCUUGUUCAGGAUCGCCUACAGCACCUCGAGAAUCUGAUCUUAUCCUUGGCUCAGAAGAAGAGCUUGGCAAAGAACCACGAGUUUCAGAAACCAGAGGAACAUGAAGAGCUGGCUACGGACCUGAAAACUGAUGCUCGAGUAACGUCUGGAACAUCGUCCACUAGCGCGGAAUUCGCGCCUAAGGAACCCCCUCUUGAGCCGUCUAGCAAGUUGGUUGUUGAAAAUGCUGGAACAAGCUAUAUUGACGGUGCUCACUGGACGGCUAUUCUUGAGGAGAUCAGCGGGGUUAGGGAGUACCUCCAAGAAGGCGAUGAUGCUACAGACGAAGAGACAAUUGACGAGGAUCGCCACGACUCACCUUCACCAACCCUCCUGUUAGGAUUGAAUAAGCCAUAUACCCUAUUUUGGUCGACACCACAAGAUGCGUCUCUCUCGUGGCUAGCGUACCUGUAUGCUAUCCUCACUUUAUCAAUUACGAUCCAUCAACGCCUAGGCGAACCAUUGCCGGUCUAUUUAGAGGGCUCUGCGAACAUCAUUACUACCUUCAGGAAGCGAGCCGCGCAGUGUCUCGUCCAAUCAAACUAUACACAGCCUGGAAAGUAUAAAGUUGAGGCACUUUUCUAUUAUACCUUGGGAGAGUUUUACCGAAGUAAUGAUGCUCAGGUUAGCGUUUCUUUCCUCCUUGGAAUCACCAUUAGAUUAGCGAUGCGGACAGGGUACCAUCGAGAUCCGCGACAUUUUCCCAGCAUCUCCGCUUAUGAAGGGGAAAUGAGGAGGCGCGUGUGGGCAACUAUACGCCAACUAGACACGUUGAUCUCGUUUCAGGUUGGCCUUCCUCGGACGAUACAAGACUGGCAGGGUGAUGUCGAGCUACCACGCAACAUCGGUGACGAAGACUUCAAUGAAGACACCAAGCAUCUACCCCAAUCCCGACCGGAAUCAGAGCUUACUACGGCGUCCUAUGUUCGGGCGAAAUCAAGGAUCAUGGCCGUGUUUGGCAAAAUAUCCGAUCUUGCGUAUUCACGUGAACCCGUGACAUAUGACGAAACUCUUGAGAUUGACCGCCGGCUGGAGGAAGUGUACGGUCUUGUUCCUCUGAACUUUCGGAUCCGACCAAUUGAUCAAUCAUUUGCAGACCCCUCGGAGCUGAUCCUCCGGCGGUACACAUUAGAGUUAUUGUAUCAAAAAGCUCGCUGCGUGCUUCACCGGCGGUACCUCAGUGAAGUUCACACUAACCUCCGGUAUGCAUAUUCUAGAUGGGUAUGCAUGAGUGCAUCGAAGGAGAUACUCCGCCAUCAAGCAGACUUGCACCACGAGACUCAGCCUGGAGGAAUUUUGUAUCGGGAUAGACAGUUCCCGAAUUCUCUUCAGAAUGCCGACUAUCUACUUGCGGCUAUGAUCAUUUGUCUAGAGUUGUCCCAUGACCCUCCCACAGAGCCGAUCAUGGAUGGACCCAACAAUGAUGUCACGGUCGUCAUUAAGGGGCGCGAAGAUCUCCUGGCUAGCCUAGAAAUGUCCCAUCAAAUCUUCGAGCAAAGCCGCCGACGAUCAACAGAUGCACAAAAAGCGUAUGCUGCGUUGACAGUCAUGCUUCGCAGGGUUAAGAAAGGCGUGUUGGGCAUAGGACAACCGGCUCAACGACAGGCGACUGGCAACGCAGGUGACCGGCCUUUUGAUACAUGCAUCACCCAACCCCCGCCGUAUGAGAGCCUAGGUUCUGCAGAGGACGUACCAUAUCCCCUUGCUACUCUGAGCGAAAUGCUAAGCCCGGCUAUGGUAGAAUCACCUUUUACAACGUUGGGCGUAAUCGAAGGAAUGCUAGAGACGCCUGCUAAUCUUGAUUGGCAUCUGUGGGAUCAACAAGUUCAAGGCCCGGAACAGCCUUCGUCAAACAUUUGGUAUCCGGGUGCUCCUUUUGAUGAUAUCGUAGAUAAUCACCUGCAACAGUGA